UAACGUUUGAUACUGUUUUAGAACUAUGCUUGAAAGCAAAAAUGGCUUUAAAACUUAUGUAUAUUGGAAUUUGUGUAAUUCUAGUUCUGUUUCAGGUAGUCUACAAUACGGAAAUUGAGCCAGGACAAACAUUUUUAGCAGAGAUUUCAAAAAAUAUAUCUCUAGUGAAUCAUCUAUUACAAGAUCUUAUGAAAAAGUAUAAACUACUCCAACAUUUAACAAAUGCAGAGAUGGCAAAAAUCGCUCAGAACACGAACAGUAUAUCCCAAGGCGGUACGAGAUCAGAUUUUAAAAUAAGAGCAAAAGAGAAAGUAAAAGAGCCAAAGAAGACUGUUAGUACAACAACUGAAUUUCAAACAGAUCAGUCAACCGAAUACAGCUCGAGUGAAGUAGAUCAGAAAAAACCAAUACAGAACAAGAAAACAAAUGAUAACGGUAAUCUAUCACGGGAUUCUAAAGUCCAGUUAUCACAUAUAGCAGAUGGUAAAGCCUUAUAUUUUAAUGAUGAAUCGGAGGAAAAUAUUACAACAGAAGUUACUGACAUGAAGGUAAAAUACUUAUCAGGUUCGCAAGAACAUACUUUUGUGACAGAAAAAUCUCGUAUAACAACAACACAUACGAAAAUGAAAUUGAAAGAAAAUGUAAAACACAAAGUGUUAACAACUACAAAGAAAUAUAGAGAUGAUGAAAUACUUAGAGGUCAACCGGAAGAAAUAAAAGAUCCACAAGGUGUAAAAAAAGUGUUGGUGAUUCAUUUAGAGGGUGGUAAAAACUUAAAUCAAAACCAGGGAUCUGAUCCAAAAGAUGUAAACACACCAUCAACAAGAAAUAAGCAACGCACAACGAAGUCGAUUUUGUUUAAGUCAGAUAUUACUGAGUUCCCUUCAGACUUCGAUGACAACAAUAGGAUGCAAGCAGAACUUUCAAGAGCAAAAGUUUUACGACAAGCCCUCGGAGAUGCCUGUAUCAGGCUUGUCAAUCAGAAAUGUAAAAAUGCAUUGAACGAUGUCUUAACAGAUAUCUGCAAAAGAGACAGAAAAUGCUCCGGUGCAUUUAACAAAGAUUUUACUGGAAAUGCCAACAGAGCUUGUGACGAGGAAUUUGGUAAUCCCAGCUUGAAAAAACGUCGGCAUGAUAAGUAUUUUAGAGAUUCUGGUGCUGACUCAAGAAAUGAGGAUGAAGAACUUACUGGAACACAAUUUGUUGACUACACAAGGCAAGGAUUGUUAGACAUAAUAUGUCCUCAAACAAUAACCGAUGAAACCAAGCCAAAACUCACAGCAAGAACCAACCUAACAAACAUUGAUAGCAAACACCAUAAAGUUCACAUACUACGUGAUAAACUCGAAGACGCUUGCCGAAAGUCGUCCUUUGACAAAUGUCAGAUAGCUUGUAAAUCAGCAAGCAAGAAAACGUGCAAGAAACAUGAAUGCAUCACUGAGAAAGAAAAAGCUUUAGGUGUCCGUUGUAAAAAGAGAUGUAUGGAAAGGUAUGAAUAUAGUGAAAAGGAAUCUAGUGAAAGUGAAUCAGAAACGGAGGAAUCGGAAAGUGAUUAAAAAAGUUUCGAAUAA